AUGUCUGAUCUAUCGAAUAUCGCAGACCCGAAAGCAUCACCAAUAUCCAGAGACCCAGCAACGUAUCACCGCGCAGCAAUAUUAACAAGCAUGUCACAACGACCCGACAUCGAGCUUUCCGGGAUCGCGCCUCAACGCACAGGCGUCCCCGCAGACCACAUCGAUCCAAACCACCCUUACUUCCCCAAUGACGAUGAAGCCCAACUGCCCCCUCGCCCAUUCUACGAACGGCACUCAUUUUUCACCAAGAAGAGGUUCCUCGUCCCUACCGGCACGAUACUCAUCAUAGCCCUACUCAUCGCCGCCCUACUUGGCGGCAUCAAAAUCGGUCUUUCCAGGUGUCCACACGCGCCAGCCCCGGUCUACCAAACAACUACUGUUACAUCCACGUCAUCACAUUCCUCGCCAGAGCCAACGACUAUAACAACGACGGUACGUACGACGCCUAUGAAGACGCUGCCGUUUGAGGCGCCGGUUCGUCCUACGCCAGUGAAGCCUGUGGAAGGUAUCUGUAGUGAGAAGGGUAGUUGGCCGACUGUAGAGGAGUGCAGAGGGAGUUGCUUCGCAGAUGGAAAAUUAGAGCGUUCUAUGUGUGUACCAUGGACGGGAGGGUAUACGUGCAGGGUCUGCUCGUCUGCACAUGCGUAG